AUGCCUAAUGACGUAAUCAAAUACAAAAGCGCCGUUUGCAACAUCUAUCGCAACGAAGACGUUAUUAAUUUAGAGACAAGUACUGCAAAUGAUAUUACUUGGAGAGUUGACGAGCUGACAGGUUAUAUAAUUGUCAAAGAAAAGGAAAAUAGUUUCGAUCCGACAAAGUUUGAUGUGAAAUUAACAGAAGAGUACAAAGUUAUCACUGGAAUGAUCAGAAACUUAGAUAACUCCAAUGAUGUCUGCUACGAGUAUUGUCUCAUUCCUCAUUAUGCUCCUGCACUUGAAAACCUCAUUCCUCCAUAUAUCGCGGAACCCGAAGAACCAUCUCACGAUGAGAUGUUAAAACUAAAAAUCAGCGAUAAAAUGUUUUUUCCAUCCGAACGAAACGAUAGAGUUCUAGUGGUGGAAGGAAAGAAACUUCAUGUCAGUAAAGCGUUUCUGUCUUACAAAGAAUCACAGAUGGAUGAGAUUCCAAUCAAAGACGUCUCAUCUCAAGAUUUCGCUCUUCUUCUCAGCAGUUUCUAUCCGAAUCCAGUGUUCCCCAACGAUGCGACUGUCCAUAAACUUCUGGAAAUGUCUCGUCAAUUCAUGGUGCCCUCUGUCAUAGACAGAAUCCAGUGUUAUCUGAUUUAUUACUAA